AUGGCUUCCGAAACCGACCUCAACGCUGCUGCUGAGCUUGUCCUGCUCUACCAAGCUACGGACUUGUACUCAUGCUGGACCCACUGUGCUUUCGCACUGCUGCUCUACGACUACAUCCUCACAUUCCGCCAUGAAGUACGCUUUGUCUGGGGCCGCAAGAUCUCAGGAGCGACCGCCCUGUUCCUUGUGAACAGAUACUUCAUCAUUCUGCCUUACCUCUUGGGCGUCGUCAUGCAGUUCCCGAUCCAAUCCAAAGCAUGUCCGGGUAUAGGACGGUUCGUCGCCGUGCUCGAGUUCUUGCCGUACAUCAUAUGGGCCACUUUCUCCGCUCUACGAGCCUAUGCGCUCAGCGGCCGCACCACUGCCAUCGGCAUUGUCAUCUUCAUUCUCUCACUGGUGCCUGUGGGAGUGAAUGCUUAUUAUUUCUCCACCUUUAGCUACAUAAACCUCGACGCGCCGUUAAAUUGUAACGAGCUGUCGGACAUCACCCCCCAGUUGAGCAAAAACUUAACGAUCGUCUCGCGUGCAACGCUGAUGGCCGCGGACGUCCUAGUCAUUGCGGUGACUUGGGCAAACACGUACGGGCUCAGGAAGGCGUCGCGCGACGCGAGAAUUUCCACGUCCUUCAGCACUAUCCUGCUUCGUGAUGGAACGAUCUACUUCGUCGUACUUGUCGCUAUGAAUGCAGUGCAGAUGAUGCUUAACGCGGUCAAGGUGAGCCGCGGUGUCGCCUUCGUCACGCACCGGUGGAUCAGUAACAAGCACCCACCUCAGCCCAGCAACAUGAUUGCGCAAGCCAGCUACGUAACGAUUCUCGAGGAGCCCAUCACGUCCAUUCUGGUCUCACGCUUCAUCCUCAACCUGCGCGAGGUUGACCACCGCGGCGCCAACGGCGGGGGCGGGUCCGACACGUUGCUUAGCAGCGCCGGCACUGGGUCUUCCUUCGUUGUCGGUCACCCCCGGGAUGCGGCGUCGACGAUGCGCUUCGCGAGCGUGGCAAGCACCGUGGACGUGCUCGGGGCCCCACUGGCGCACGAGUCUGAUGAAGAGACUUUCGGAGAGGAGGAUAAUGCAGAGGGGUGGGGCGCAGACCCUGAGAAGGCUGUCGGUGGUGGGGAUGCGCCGGCGGGGUCAGAAGGAGGCAUGGUGUAG